GUGGAUGAUGUAUGUCAAUAAUUACGGAACUUCGGAGGCAUGGAGGCAUACAUCUCCUUCUUUCGUGGUUUCGAACGCGAUUCAUCAGAUGACAGUGAUGAUGAUGUGGAAAUCGAUGAAUCUGGAAGUGGAGAGAGUGACAAUGGGAAUGAAAAUAGUAUGGGUGAUGGGGAAGAAGAAAGGACUAUCGAAAGUGCAGAUAACAAGAUCGAGGCAGAGGAUGAAGAUGAUGAAGUUGUCAAAGCCAUCAUAAAUGAAAAAAACAAACCCCGAGAUCACCCACCUACCAUAACCUGUGAAGAUUUCAUUGUAGAUAUCUCAUUUAACCCAGCCAAAGACUUCAUAGCACUGGCCACAAUUGUAGGUGAUGUUCUAUUUUAUGAGUACAAUAAUGAUGAAACAAAGCUUGUUAACACUUUGGAGUUACACUUGAAAGCAUGUAGAGAUAUUGAAUUUGAUAAUGAAGGAACUACAUUAUUUUCAACUGCAAAAGACAAAGCUAUAAUGGCUACAGAUGUUGAAACAGGGAAAUUGAAAAAAUGUUAUGAAAAUGCACAUGAUGAACCAGUAUAUCGUCUUUUAUGUUUGGAUCAAAAUAAAAUUGUUACUGGUGAUGAUAAUGGAACUGUUAAACUGUGGGAUAUGAGAAAACCAGACCCAAUAUUUAGCAUUAAGAUUGGUAGUGAAUAUGUUUCUGAUAUGAUCAGCAAUGAUGCUCAGAAGUAUUUGGUGUGUGCAGGAGGUGAUGGUACGCUAACUUCUAUUGAUUUGAAAGGAAGUAAAAUCUACACCACAUCUGAAGAAUAUGAUUCUGAUCUUACUUGUAUGGGGCUGUUUCGUUCUGACACAAAAUUGUUAGUUGGAUCAUCAAAAGGCAGACUGUAUUUGUUUAACUGGAAAGAAUUUGGCUUGCACAGUGAUGAGUAUGUAGGACAAAAACAUUCCAUUCAGUGUAUGGUACCAAUCACACAGAACAUUGUAGUGACUUCUGGUGAAGAUGGCAUUUUAAGAGCUGCACAUAUGUUUCCUCAGCGUCAACUUGGCAUAGUUGGUCAACACAGAUUGCCUGUAGACUGUCUAGAUAUAAGUCACGAUGGCCAGUAUAUUGCAUCAUGUUCACAUGACAAUGAUGUGAAAUUUUGGAACAUUUCAUACUUUGAAUCCAUUGACUCUAUUAUUGAUGUAAAUAAAAAACAAAACAAGAAACGUGACAUGAGCAACAACUUGCCUUCAAGUAGCAUAGAGAAUGCCUCCGAUUUCUUUUCUGGAUUAGCUUAAAAUACAUACUGGGUACCAAUAUACUAAAUCUCUGGUGUAGCUUGAAACAUGUUUUUAUUAAUACUACAAGAGUAACGAAAUGAUUUUAAAUCAGUUUUUCAUGUCUUAUAUGCUGCAUUAGCCCUGACACAUUCAUUUAACAGAAAUAAAUUAAGAUACAAUCAAAGUUUUUAUGUUUCCUUCUUUUGAAAUUUUGAAAAACCAGAAGUCAGAUGUACAUACUAAUUAGAGUAUACUACAGAAAAUAGCACAGUAAAAUAUUGUAAGCGCCAAAGGUUUUUUAAAAAGUAUAUGAUAACGACCCUUACAAAACAAUGAUAACGGCCCUUACAAAACAAAUCUUACUAUACCUACUAAAUUCAAUAAUUAAUUCCCUUAACUGUUGAACUUCGUGUUAAAUAUCACCUAUAAAUCAUACGCUAUGUAAUGUUAAUGUUAACCACAAUCCUUUGUUUUCAUUUUUCCAUUUUGAAUAUAUCUACAGGAUCAAGAUUACGUGUAGUCAAGUUUAACAUUUAAUUUUUAAAUUCGGGGCCGUCAGUAUGGCUGGAUAAAACGAGAUAUACAAAUCAAACUGUCCUCAUUAUUUACCACCUAUUUCCUACUAUUUAGUAACUAUAAUAACAUUUUCUACCUUUGCGCUAACGGAAAUAUUAAAGAAUUAAAGUGGCCAGCCAUUCUGAUGUCAGGUUAGCUGGACCACUUUACGUUUUUCAUGGUUCUAGCAGUAUAUAAUUUACUUUUUUUAUAUAACUAUUUACUACCUAAUUGCCACCUAAUCAUACUUUUUUUCACUAUUUUAGGAAGCUUCUUCUUUGCUAAUGGUAUCUUCUAAAAAGACAGUUUAUCUUGUCCAUGUAAUUGACAUAAAAAUUACAUUCUGCUAGUAAAUUAUACACUGCUGGAACCAUAAAAAAAGGAAAGUGGUCAAGCCAACCUGGGGGCCUACCAUAAC